CCGAAGCUCCUGGCAGCAUAUUCCCUCGUCAUCGUCGUUCUCAAAAGGCCUCUCCGACUUUCCCAAGCACAAACACAAACACAAACACAUCGACUCCACCAUGGCGAGACCCAUGAAUGCGACGGCCAGACAAAUCGCCUCCUCGUCCCCCACCGUCACCGUAACCCUAGAGAAUCCCGCUUCAUCGGCGUCCUCUCAACAGCCUCCACAACAGCAGCAACCGGAGACGCUGGUCCUCAAGCUCAACCGGAAGAAGAAGGUCACGUGGAAGGAGGGCACGGUGGACAACGAGUUUAUGCAGAAGAAGAGUUCCAAGAAGUGCUGCAUCUUCCACAAGGAGAAGCCCUUCGAAGACGACGACAGCGACCAAGACGGCGACGACCACCACCACGACGACCACAAUCACAAUCACAAUCACAAUCACGACGCCUCUUGUUCUAAGGACCACUGAUUGCUUUUCGUUCCCUCCUCGACCAUUUAGAACUCAGGUGGUGAUUAUGUUCUGAGAACAGCUAUUAUUAGAAGCAGUGGCUCCAAAUGCUGAAAUCAACCACAACAGUGAACAGAGUAACGGAGAAAAUCAAGAUUAGAAUUUUGGUUUGUGCAGAAAAAGCUUGCUCUUCUUUGUAACAGUUCUUGUCUUCAUAUAAGUUGGGACAGUUGUAUUGAUUCUUGAUCUUACUGACUUGGUCUAUGCCUUUGUUGUCUAUAACCCUCAUUAAUGGGUAAAACCAGUAACAAGCAUGAAUUGCUGUUGAUAUAUUCA